UCGGGGUUCUUUACCUUCUCCACCCUGCAAACCAUUCUAUGUGCCAUUAUCAGCAUUAACGAUGACUCAGUAGUUGAAGGACAAGAAUGUUUCAAUUUCAAUCUCGUUGCUCCAGCCGGAGUGAAUAACCCCCAGCCAACCACCCCAGUCUGCAUUGUCGAUGAUGAUGCCCCCCCACAACAACAAUUUCAGGUGGGUUUCCAGCCGGCAACCUACACAGUGCAGGAGAACAUAUCCCCAAAUCCUUUCCAAGUCUGCGUGAGACUACUUGAAGGACAGCUCGCCAUGAACCAGUUUGUGAGGGUGGCGCUCACCUUGGUCCCAGGAACAGCCCAAGGU